AGAGUGAGCUGGUCAAGAGAAGCAUUGGUAUGGGUUGUUCCACUAGGUGGACUAACAUCAAUGGUCGCUAUUUCCGCUUUGUUCCAAAACAUCUGACUUGGGCUCAAGCUGAGAGGAACUGUCAGUCCAUGGGUGGGAACCUGGCAUCAGUGCACAGCACGCAGGAGUACAAUAACAUUCAGUGGCUGAUAAAGAAUACCAUUUAUGAACACAAAAAAACCUGGAUUGGAGGCUCUGAUGCACAAGAGAACAAUAUUUGGCUCUGGAGUGAUGGUACAACUUUCCGCUACUCACACUGGUGUCGAGGAGAGCCAAACAACGGGGCUGGACAGCAGCACUGUAUGCAGAUGAAUUAUGGAGCUCGGAAGUGCUGGGAUGAUCUGCAGUGUAACAGACGUCUCCCAUCCAUCUGUGCCAAGAAAGCCCAAUGAUUCCUGUCAGAGUCCACCAUCAACACUGACAGAUGUGUUGGAGUUCAUCUUUGAAAACUCAUCUGUCUUUGUGUCAUUACUCUCAUAACUAACCCAAAGUCUCUUUAUCUCAUUUCACAUCUUUAUUUCUUCUCUAUCGCUGUAACGCUACUUAAGGAACGAAACGACAAGUGACAGUAACAGGAGCUGGAUUGUCUCUUAGGUCUUGUGCCUUUAGUGAGAGCAAACUGAAUGUGUAAUGAAAGAAUGCUUUUAGCACAACUUUAUUCUGCAGAGUGAAAUAAUCUUUCUUAUCUGAUGCAAAAUUAAAAGUCUCAAGCAUUGAAACAAACUGGUCUGUGAGU